AUGGAAUCGUUCAUCGGAAAAAGUGCAGAGUUUGAUUUUAACGACGGAAGGUUCCAAGGCAUUAGCCGCGUCAGGAUUAGAGAUGACGGCACGGAGGUGCUCUACAUCGGAGUGGUGUACGAGACGGCCGACGGUGGAACGCAACUUCUCCAACGUGGCGUCUACAACGGGACAUGGGAAGAGUUUGGAUUUAAUUACCCUGAUGAAUAUAUAACUUCCGUUGAGUGUACAUACGGCCAACACCUUCAGUUGAGGCAGCUUGUCUUGGUAACUUCACGUGGGCGAAGAUCUAGAAUGUUUGGUUCCACGGCGACGGUCGAUCCUUCGUUCAAAGCGCACUUCGGUCCAGCGCCACCAAGAAAACUAGGCGCAAUCGGUGGUGUGGGAGGACAAGAAUGGGAUGACGGAAAACACGACAGCGUGAGGAAGAUUCGAGUAGGUUGGGGUCGGAUUGGGGGGUUGGCUUUCUUACAGUCUGAUUACGUAGACGGAGAGGAUCAUGGGAUGGUAACUGAAACAGAGGAGGAGUUUAGAAUCGCUUAUGAGAACGAUCAUCUUGUUUCCGUGGAGGUUUACCGCAACAGAAUCGGGAAACCGGAUGGUGAAAAGUCUUCUCUCAAGGGCCACAAAAUUGUAGGGUUCCACGGACGGUCGAGCGAUAAGCGACUACACUCUCUUGGCGUCCGCGUAUCUUAUCCACCGAUUCCCCACUUGUCUGGAACAUGGAGCAAGGUGACUCAAAAAGGAGAGAUACCAAAGCCAAGGUGCUCAAACGCCAUAGCGAUGGUCGGAAAUAAGAUGUUUUCCUUUGGUGGCCAACUCAAUUCAGGUGAACCAAUGGAUAAACACUUGUACGUCUUUGACGACCACACCCGUAUUUGGUCGAGAUCUCGGGCCAGUGGAGACGUUCCGGAGUUUUCGUGCUUAGGAGCCUCUAUGAUCUCUGUCGGAUCGACGCUCUAUGUGUUUGGAGGGAAAGACCAUUCAGGCAACUACAAUGGCUUCCACUCUUUUGACACGGUAAGUAACGAGUGGAAGCUUCUAACUCGGGUCGGAGACGGACCAAGACCUCGCAGCUUCCACUCCAUGGCAGCCAUUGGGGGCAAGAUCUACGUUUUUGGUGGACUGAGUACGACGGGUCCGCUCAAUACGUUGGAUGCUUACAACAUCCAAACCCGAAGGUGGAGGUCGUUUUCAGCUCCGGGAUAUCCCUUGGCGGAAAGAGAACGAGCCGGGCUCGAAGUCGUGAACGGGAAGCUAUGGGUUCUGUAUGGAUUCAAGGGAUCCGAGUUAGAUGAUGUGCACUGCUUUGAUCCUACCCAAGAAACGUGGACAGAAGUGCAAACCUUUGGUGAGAAGCCAUGCGCGAGGAGUGCUUUCGCUAGUGCUGUGUUCCGUAACUACAUAUUGGUCUUUGGAGGUGAGACUCCGUCUGCUCCUACUCCUAUGGAGCUGAAUCAAAAGGUGGGCGGGACAUUUUGUCUGGAUACCGAGACCAAUAGGUGGGAGAAGCUUGACAAAAAGGACAGUCCAAGUCCCCGAGGGUCGUGCGCAUCAACAAGUUACUCACUGAAUGGCCACGAAAACGGAGUGCUUGUCUUUUGUGGACAGUUUCCAACUAACGGUCUCACUAAUGACCUUUUCAGCUACAGUCCUUUAGCUUAA